AUGUCGGUGUUCACGCCCCACCAUCCCGCAUCUCAUUGUCGGAAAACCAAAAAAAGCAAUAUCCAACCCAUCACUCAUCUUUACCUUUUCUUAACCCCCAAAACCCACCCCAUCUCCGCCACAAAAACUCACACAGUGACACCACACACAGUAAAAAAACACACACCCAAAAUCCCAAUCUCCGACGGCAAAAAGUCGGCCACCAGCAUCCACAUCUCGGCCCUCGACGGCAUCGUGAACGUCAACUCCCUCUUCACCCUCGCCGUCUUCAUCGGGCUGGCCUGGAACCCGACCGACCCGAGCAACAGUAUACCGGGAUCUUCGUAUAGAUAUGCACAUGUCAAACAGCCUCGUCGACCCGGGGCCCACCGCCACAACGGUGAGCAUCGCCAUUUCUGGGACUUCUAUCUCGCCCGGGUCAACAAGCCCGCACUCCGGGUCGGGUACGUCGUGUCCGCGGCCGGGUCGGUCACCGGAUCGGUCUUCUUGAUGCUGACGCUGGUCAACGUCGUGCAGAUCAAGCUCGGGGUGCUCGGAUGCGGCGGCAGACACGCCUACGCCGCUGUGGUGCCGCUCGUGACGUUUGUGCCGGCGGGGCUGCUGAUCUAUGUCUGUUUUGUGUUUGUUAAAGUAUCGGUAGAAUCGAUAUAUUAUUUCUGA